AUGGCUUCCAAGAGCAAGGCGCUGCAGUCGUUCCUCACAAGGGCGCGUCGCGUGCCCAGUGCCACUCCAGCAUGCCAACAGAACCUUCGGGCUCGUUGCAUCCAUGCGACGCCUUCGCGGCGAACCGAUGGCGUGUUCAGAGGGCUAACCGAUGGUCGUUUGCCAACACCAUGGAUUGAAGCAUUCAGGAAACAACAGGAAGGCCAAAGCACCCGCUCAUCGGAGGGCAAACCACAGGAGCGGGACAUGUCCCCGAAGAAAAUGAGUGACAGCUACCAUCGGGUAGUCCUACCUCUCGGCCAGGACCCUUGGCUCUCCGACACCUACAUCAACUCCUCGGGACACAUCAGACUAGGGACCAUUUUCAUGGAUUUGGAUGCUCUCUCGGGCAUCAUAGUCUACAAACACACCGGCCCGGGAGUCACGACCGUAACCGCCGCGCUCGAUCGAAUCACGAUAGCACACCCUCUGACGGAAAUAUGCGAUCUGGAAUACAGUGGCCAGGUCACCUAUGCCUCGGGAAGAAGCAGUGUAGAAAUCACCUGCAAAGUGGCAAGGGCUCGACCUGAGGGCGAACCCAGCCGACCCGAGGACGUCCUCCUCACUUGCACUUUCACGAUGGUCGCGCUGGAUUCUGAGACCAAGAAGCCAGUCAAUAUCCCUGCCCUAGUAUAUACCACCCCUGAAGAGGAGCAGAUAUACAAGACGGGAGAGGCGAAAUCAUUGGCGAAGAAGAAUGCGCGCAAGACAUCACUGCUCGCGACCGAGCCGAAUGAUCCAGAGUCGGCCUUGAUACACAAGAUAUGGCUCAAGCAGGUCCAGUACCACGAUCCUAAUGACAGCCUUCGCCAACCCGCAAAUGUGGUGAGCAUGGCGAAAACACAGCUAUCGACGGCAGCUAUCAUGCAGCCGCAGUACAGAAACCGGCACCAGACCAUGAUCUUUGGAGGGUUUCACUUGAAGCAGACCUUUGAGCUGGCGUUCUGCUGUGCUGCUAACUUUGCGCAUGCGCGUCCGACGUUCAUCAGUGCAGACCCUUGCACGUUCCGAAACCCCGUGCCUGUGGGCAGUGUGCUCUACUUGACCGCAAGGGUAGCUUACACUGAUCCGCCGCUGCUAGAGGAAGACGGGAGCGAGUCGCGGCAACAGGACUCAGAGAACCCAAUGACAAGGGUCCACGUCCGUGUGGACAGCAAAGUCCGAGACGUCGAGCAUGGAAACGCGAGACCGACGGGCCAGUUCAACUACACAUUCUCCGUGCCCCGAGAUAUCAAGGUCAUGCCGCACACAUACCAGGAGAUGAUGAUGUACGUCGACGCCCGCCGGCGAGUGAGGCUGGGAGACAUCCAACACCGCCAGGAGAAGACGGACUCGGACAAGGAGCGCGCGCACCUGGCUGACGGUGCCAACCUGACCGAAUAA